AUGACAUUUAUCCCUGCCUCACUUGACGAUUUUGAAGAGCUUGCUCGCAAGAGCAUGGCUCCUGGUUCUUUUGCUUAUUAUUCUACUGGAUCUAGCUCUGAAAGCACUCUACGUCGUAAUCGAGAAGCCUUUGAAAAAUUACUCAUUCGUCCAAAAAUCCUUAUCGAUGUGGAAAAUGUAAACACCUCAACCACCGUUCUUGGUCAACCUAUCAGCAUGCCUAUUUGUGUUGCUCCUACUGCAUACCAUGGCCUAGCGCAUUAUGAUGGCGAGCUUGCCUCUGCUCGAGGGGCUGCAAGAAUGAAUACCUUAUACACGCUUUCGAGCAAUAGUGGAUACGGGAUUGGUCAAGUAGCUGAUGCAGCUCGCAAGGUGAAUGAGAAUGCAUUGCAAUGGUUCCAGCUAUAUAUGGAAAAGGAUCGUGAUUUAACGGAGAAGCUUGUGCGAAAAUGUGAGCAAGCUGGCUACAAAGCAUUGGUCGUUACCACCGAUCGUCCACGGCUUGGCCCGCGUUUACGCACGGUGCGAAAUGGAUUCCGAUUGCCACAAUACGUCAAACGUGCCAACUACGAGAGCGAGAAUGAUGGUGCAGAAGAUUAUAUGAGUGGGGAAAUGUAUCCUGGUAUGACAUGGGAGGAUAUCAAGUGGAUAAAAUCCAUCACCAAGCUGCCCAUUGUGAUCAAGGGAAUUUUCCGUGGCGAGGAUGCUAAAUUGGCGGUUCAAUAUGGCGUGGAUGCAAUUGUCGUAUCCAAUCAUGGUGGAAGACAGCUUGAUAGUUCCCCUGCAACGCUUGAAGUGCUCCCUGAAAUCGUUCAAGCAUGCCGUGGAAGCAAAGUUGAGGUGUAUUUUGAUGGUGGCAUCCGUACAGGUACCGAUGUUUUCAAGGCAUUAGCCAUUGGUGCACGCGCUGUAUUCAUUGGUCGUCCUAUUUUGUACGGCUUGGCUUAUCAGGGAGAAAGCGGUGUUAGACAAGUGUUAUCCAUGAUAAGUCAUGAUUUUCGAUUGACCAUGGGCCUUGCAGGGUGUACUACGGUAUCAGCUAUUGAUAAGAGCUUCCUUACGACAGAGGCCCAGUUAGAUUUCACAAAGACAUUAGCCAAAUUGUAA